AUGCUCCUCUGUGGUCUGGUUGAACGCCCUCUGUCUGCCAUUCCUUUUGGAAUGUUCGUCGAGCUGGAUUUCCAGACCCUCUCCCGAGCCAGUUCUUGGCUUUUCUCUUCUGGUUCAGAUGGCCUUCUGCAAGCCAUGGAUAUCUGCCAGGUGAUAUCGAAAUCCCAUCUCAUCCUGGAACGGCUCUUGGCACAUGAGGUGAAUACAGGAAUACACCUGCAUUACUCUGAGAUGUUCUUCGAUGUGAUUUCUGAGCUCAUUGCUUCGUUCCCAGUGCCUCAUACGCUUCGAAGACUCUCGGGAUUGGUCACCCAAGCAGAAGGGGCAAUGGCCCGGCCGAAUGAGCGUAUGGCAAUAAGUGACGAUUUUGCACCGUCUGGUAGAGGCGCUCGUCAGAUGAACGCCACAAUGGCUCUCUCACUCGCCGAGGGAAUAGAACUUAAAGCACUCGUGGCAGUAUUGCAUUUCCCGAUCCUUGCAACUUGA